AUGUCUAUGCGCACGUUCGCACGCUCGACCAACGCACUGCGCCCUGCUUCGCGCAGCGCUCUGUCAGCACGUUUCAUUGCCUCUGCUCGAGUGCCGCAAGUAGUGCGCGCUCCUGCGAUGCGCUCGUUCUCGACAAGCGUUCAGCGUGCGGAAGAGUUCGAGAACCCAUUCGGCCCCAACUCUCUCUAUAAGCUGACUGAAGAAGAGCAGAUGCUUCGUGAUGUCGUGCGUCGCUAUGCUGAAUCGCAGGUCAAGCCUUUGGUGCAGAAGAUGGAUGAAAACGAGAAGAUGGACCCCUCGAUCAUUAAGGGCCUUUUCGAGCAAGGUUUGAUGGCCAUUGAGACGUCGCCAGAGUUGGGUGGCGCAGGAAGCAGUUUCCUCUCUGCUAUUAUUGUUAUCGAGGAGCUGGCUAAAGUGGAUCCCUCUGUGUCCGUCAUGUGUGACGUGCACAACACGCUUGUGAACACUGUGCUGCGCAAGUACGCCAAUGAGCACCUGCAAAAGAAGUACAUGCCAAGCCUCUCGACGGACAAGCUUGGAUCAUUCUGUCUGUCGGAGCCCAACUCUGGCUCGGAUGCUUUUGCCAUGAAGACCUCAGUGAAGAAGUCGGACGACGGUAGCCAUUACAUUAUCAACGGUUCCAAAAUGUGGAUUACGAACAGUGGUGAGGCUGAGUUCUUUAUUGUCUUUGCUCAGGGUGACCCAUCUAAGGGUUACAAGGGUAUUUCUGCUUUUGCUGUUGAGAAGGAGAUGGGCGUGGAGAUUGGCAAGAAGGAAAGCAAGCUGGGUAUCCGUGCCUCGAGCACUUGCACGGUGAACUUUGAUAACGUCAAGGUGCCCGCUGAGAACCUCAUCGGCGAGGAGGGUCGUGGCUACAAGAUUGCUAUCGAGAUCCUCAACGAGGGUCGUGUCGGUAUCGGUGCACAGAUGGUGGGUCUAGCGCAAGGUGCCUUUGACCGUGCUCUGGCUUACACGCACGACCGUGAGCAGUUCGCCAAACCGAUCGCCAAGUUCCAAGGCUUGCAAUUCCAAAUGGCCCAAGUUGCCACUGAGAUCGAGGCUGCCCGUCUGAUGGUAUACAACGCUGCUCGUCUGAAGGAAGAGGGCCGUCCCUUCACGAAGCAGGCCGCUAUGGCCAAGCUGUAUUCGAGCCAGGCAGCUGAGCGUGCCGCGGGCCGUGCUAUCGAAUGGUUUGGUGGCAUUGGCUUCACUCGCGAGCAGGGUAUUGAGAAGUACUGGCGUGACAGUAAGAUCGGUGCUAUUUACGAGGGCACCAGCAACAUUCAGCUGAACACGAUCUUCAACCUUACCGCAAAGGAGCACGGCUUUUAA